GGUUCGGAGCUAGGGCAGGGACGAGGGAGAGGCAGUCCGCUUCAGCUCGCGGCAGGUAGCUUGCCAGGACUGAAAGGGUCCAGCCAGUGCAAAGCUUGGCUCGCAAAGGCGGGUAGGUCCUCCAAGUCAUCUCCUCUUCUUCGCAGGAUUCAUUUCUCCCUCUCCUUUUGCUGUUCUCUCAGUUGGGGUGCUACCCCCUUCAGGUGAUGAUCGCUCCUGCACCACCCACCUCACCGACUGUGGGGACCUAAUUCUCGUUCAUUUGACCCUUCUUGUCCGAAUUGAUCGAUCGGCCAGUGCAUCAGGCCGAGCAUCGACCGCGUGCCGGAGUUCAGACGGCCGUCUAAUUGAUCGUGUGCUUUUUUUUCUACAGAAAAUUGGACACGACGUUUGAAGGUGAAGGCGCGACAGGUAGGAAGAGGGUACGGGACAGCAGGACGGAAGAUUGGCGAGAAGGGAGGGAGAGGCUGGAAAUUCUGGUGUUCGUUGUGUAGCCGAUUGAGAGAUGGUGGCCGCGGCAGUGGCUGCAGCCGGACCUCGAUAUGCACCUCCUGAUGCGACGUUGCCUCCUCCGUGGAGAGCUCUAGUGGAUGGAAGUACGGGCUACAUAUACUACUGGAACCCCGAGACUAAUGUCACGCAAUAUGAGAAGCCUGCUCCCCCCCCUUCGUCAGCCACGCCCCCUCUUCCCACCGGACCCCCGCCUGUCGCUGUCGCACCCGGUCCUAAGUUGGCACCGAUUCCGAGCGGGCCUUCUGCGAUUUCCGAUGUCCAUAACGGUGGACCCACGAAUGGUCAUGCUAGCAACACCGGAACGUUUCAUAGCAGCGGCGGUGGUGUCGGAAGCAUGGCUGGACAACCCAAGCUUGCAGCUAUUCCGCUGGUUCGCGGGCCUCAGGGUGGCGGAGGAAUGUCAAUGCCACCCCACAUGAGUGGAAGUGCCACCAACGGUCAAAGUUCUGGUCCACCUGCAUCAGCAGGGGUUCCGGGCGGUGGUUUCAAGCGUGGUGCUGAUGACUUUGAUUACAAUGAGCAGGAUGCUUUCAAGCGUCCUAGAACCCAGACUUACCCUGGGGUCGUUAGCUCUGCGGAAGUCGACGCCUACCGAAGACAACAUGAAGUGUCUGCCUUGGGUGAAAAUGUUCCGGCUCCCAUCAUGAGCUUUGAAUCGGCAAACUUUUCUCCCGAUCUUUUAAGAGAGUUACGAACUGCAGGGUUUCAAUCGCCUACUCCUAUUCAAGCCCAAACCUGGCCCGUUGCACUCCAGGGCCGGGACAUUGUAGCUAUCGCGAAGACAGGAUCAGGGAAGACUCUGGGAUACUUGGUUCCUGCUUUUCUUCAUCUGGAACGCAACCGUAAUAAUUCGCGGUUGGGCCCUACUGUGCUGGUGCUUGCUCCAACACGCGAGUUGGCUACUCAAAUUCAAGAUGAAGCUGUUAAGUUUGGCAGGUCCUCAAGGUUAACCAGCACGUGUGUGUAUGGAGGUGCCCCCAAAGGUCCUCAGUUGCGGGAUAUCGAGCGAGGAGCAGAUAUUGUUAUCGCCACUCCAGGGCGACUUAAUGAUUUUUUGGAAGUGAAAAAAGUCAGUCUGCGACAAGUGACUUACCUGGUCCUAGACGAAGCAGAUCGGAUGCUGGAUAUGGGUUUUGAGCCUCAAAUCAGAAAGAUCGUGAAUGAAAUCCCGGCUAGAAGGCAAACACUUAUGUAUACUGCCACAUGGCCUAAGGAAGUUCGAAAAAUUGCUGGGGAUUUGCUUGUCAGCCCCGUGCAGGUCAACAUCGGAAAUACGGAUGAAUUGUCGGCCAACAAGUCGAUCACUCAGCAUGUAGAAGUUGUUCCACCCUUUGAGAAGCAAAGGAGGUUGGAGCAGAUUCUUCGGAGUCAAGAACCAGGCUCGAAGAUAAUUGUUUUUUGUUCUACAAAACGCAUGUGUGAUCAACUUGCACGUAGUUUAGGUCGUGACUUUGGUGCAGCAGCCAUCCAUGGUGACAAGUCACAGGGUGAGCGUGACAUGGUUCUUUCUCAAUUUAAGACUGGAAAGUCUCCUGUAUUAGUCGCCACAGAUGUAGCAGCACGAGGACUGGACAUCAAAGACAUCAGGGUGGUUAUAAAUUAUGACUUUCCCACCGGAGUGGAGGAUUACGUCCAUCGGAUUGGAAGAACUGGUCGAGCAGGCGCCACAGGUCUAGCUCACACGUUCUUCGCCGAGCAGGACGGGAAGUACGCGAAAGAGUUGAUCAAAGUCCUCGAAGGUGCCAAUCAAAAGGUGCCUCAGGAGUUGAGAGAUAUUGCUGCGCGGGGUGGGUACAUCAAAUCUCGAGGUAUGGGGGGUCGAUGGGACAGUGGCGGCCGGGGCGGUGGCGGGGGGAGAUUCGGCGGUCGUAGUGAUGGUUACGGGGGGAGAGGUGGUUGGUCCGGCGGCGGAGGCCGAGACGGUGGACGGGACGGUGGCAGAGACGGUGGCCGAUCGGACAAUAGAGACCGUCACCAUGACCGAUUCGGCGACCGAGAUAGGUUUGGUCCGGGGGACAGGGACCUGACUCGGGACAGGUACGCAGAUGACCGAGAGAGAGGCAGAGGCGAGGACGUGAGUGUACGGAAGUACGGUGGUGACAAAGAGAGAGGACGAAGCUACAGCCGGAGCUACAGCCGCAGCCCCAGCCGUGGCAGAGCCAGAAGUUACAGCCGUAGCCGAAGCCGCAGUCGCAGCCGCAGUUACGAGGAGCGAUAUAGCGAAGACCGCUCAAAGAACCGCAGUCGGUCUCCUUACCGUUCUGCAGAACGCGCCGCUGCCCCCGUAAAUGACCGCAGUUCUCCCUAUCGGCCAGAUCGCAGUAGGCGUUAAUUCUAGCCGCAGACUACUGUUGCUGAGCGGCUUUACUUGAUUAAACUUUAAGAUAUAAUUCUUUCACGGGCAGUACAUCGCCGUUAUGCCAUGGAGCUGGGAUUUUGUUUAUCACCAUUUUUUGUGCCAUGGUUUGUCACGGCAGAUUAUCUGCUGGCGAGCAUUACAGCUCAGAUAUGCGCUGUCCAGAUUACAGGAUGAGUUAGGCCCUUCUGAUGAGGUCAUGGUUUCGAAGGAAACCCCUUGGUAGUAUAGUGUCGGGUGGAAUCGUAUCUCAAGCUGAUUAAAAGACUGGCAUAAGAAAGAUAGCAGACCCAGCAUUGAGGCCAGCAGAAGUCUCUUCUGUUACCUCAGCAUGACAUGCUCUGCAUAAUCGUACAAGCUGGUGUAGUGGUAAUGGUAAUUGAUGUGCUGCCAGAUCAAUGAUUUUCACCUGUACAGAAAUGGAGGUUAGCAGCCGCUAAGUUCACAUAACACAUUUAAAGUGGAUUGGCGCUAUUUCAAAUAUUGUUCUAUUACUUGCGCUGUUGUGCCCUAGAUUUUUUGCGUUCAGCUCGGAUGGUCUGUUAUGUCUUAGAUAGUGGACGACGGGUAUUUAGUUUAGCUCUUAGUAUAUCUCAACCACAGUUGUCCUUAGAUACAAUUGGAUAACCGCGUGUCUUCGAAACAGGCUUCCUGCCUGUUUUUACGCUGUCGUAAAGUUGAUUCUCUUGCACCAAAUCGAAGUCCUGUAUCUUGCAUCCAAGUGUAAAACAGCCACGUCUCUUUCGUUGUUGAAUGUGGACGUAUGAAGUGG